CCCGACGGCUCCAGCGCGCAGAGCCGGCGGAGGCUGCAGCCGGGCGCUCGGUCGGGGCCAUGGGCACCCUGCGGCUCGUGCUGCUGCAGCUGUGCACGCUGGCCGCCGCUGCGGCGCAGACCCACACCCAGGUGUUUGGCGACACCGACCAGGUGCGGAUGACGUCGGAGGGCUCCGACUGCCGGUGCAAGUGCAUCCUGCGGCCUCUCAGCAAGGACGCCUGCAGCCGCAUCAAGGCCGGCAGCAUGCGGGUCGAGGACUUCUACACGGUGGAGACGGUGAGCUCGGGCGCCGACUGCCGCUGCUCCUGCACCGCGCCCCCCUCCUCCCUCAACCCCUGCGAGAACGAGUGGAAGAUGGAGAAGCUGAAGAAGCAGGCGCCCGAGCUCUUCAAGCUGCAGUCCAUGGUCGACCUGCUGGAGGGAACGCUGUACAGCAUGGACUUGAUGAAGGUGCACUCCUACAUCAACAAGGUGGUGUCCCAGAUGAACACGCUGGAGGAGAGCAUCAAGACCAACCUGAGCAGGGAGAGCGACUUCAUGAAGGAGAGCGUCCUGCACCUGACGGACCAGAUGAAGCGCUACGAGAACUACUCCGACAUCAUGGUCAGCAUCAAGAAGGAGAUCUCCAACCUGGGCUACCAGCUGCUGCAGAAGGACGCCGCGGCCAUCCCCGACAGCAAGGCCCAGGACACGGCUGGGGGAAAGGGCAAGGAAGCGAGCAAAUACCCCAGCAGCCGCAAGAGCCUGGGGGACAAGGCGGCCAUGCGGGUCGCCAAGGAGAAGCCGCCGAAGCCGGAGAAGCCCAAGAAGGAGGGUGUGAAGGCCAGGGCGGGAGUGCUGCAGCCCACGCCCAAGCCCAAGCCCAAGCCCGCCAGCCACCAGCAGACAGUGAUCCGGGGCAUCACCUACUACAAGGCCAGCAGGCGGGAGGAAGCCGAGGGGCUGGUCAGCAGCCGUGAAACCCCGUUGAAGGGGGCUCCUUGGCUGGACCGGCUGGAGGAGAGGAGCCCGGAGACCCACGCCGCGGAGGAGGCCCAGUCCAGAGUCAGCGAGCGGGCAGAGACCACGGCCACAACCACGGCCCCCACCGCCUCCACCACCUCCACCACCCCCACCACGGUGCCCAGUACCGUGCAUCCCUCCAGCUCCACCCCCCGGGCCUCGUCGGUCAUCGUCUUCUCCAUGGGGGGCGACAGGCCCGAGGGCACCGAGGGGCCGGAGGCGCCUAACCGAGUGAAGGAGGCAGACUGCGAGGGCACCAUCGAGUCGGUGGAGCCGCCCGUCAAGCACCACAGCUACGGGCGCAACGAGGGGGCCUGGAUGAAGGACCCCGCGGCCAAGGAUGACCGGAUCUACGUCACCAACUACUACUACGGCAACAACCUGGUGGAGUUUCGGAGCCUGGACAACUUCAAGCAGGGCCGCUGGAGCAACCUGUACAAGCUGCCGUACAACUGGAUCGGGACGGGGCACGUGGUUUACCGGGGAGCCUUUUACUACAACCGUGCCUUCACCAAGAACAUCAUCAAGUACGACCUGAAGCAGCGCUUCGUGGCGGCCUGGGCGCUGCUGCACGACGUGGUGUACGAGGACACCACGCCUUGGAAGUGGAGGGGGCACUCGGACAUCGACUUCGCCGUGGACGAGAGCGGCCUGUGGGUCAUCUACCCCUCCGCGGACUACGACUACUCCCAGCAGGAGGUGAUCGUCCUGAGCAAGCUCGACCCCGGGGACCUGUCGGUGAGGAGGGAGACCACCUGGAAGACAGGCCUCAAGCGCAACGCCUACGGGAACUGCUUUGUCAUCUGCGGCAUCCUGUACGCCGUGGACGUGUACAACCAGAGGGACGGGCAGAUCUCCUACGCGUACGACACCCUCACAGACACCGAGGCCGACCCCAAGCUGCCCUUCCGCAAUGAGUACUCCUACACUACGCAGAUCGACUACAACCCCAAGGAGAAGGUCCUCUAUGCCUGGGACAAUGGCCACCAGGUGACCUACAGGCUCCACUUCGUGGUCUGAGCGCCGGCCAGCUCCCUGCGUCUCGCUGCAGGCAGGUCCGACCCCACCGAGCACUUGCAGCCGCGUGCGCGGGGAUGAGGAGCCCCGGGCACCGCACGUCGCUCCUGCACUCGGGCUGCCCACCCCUGCGCCCUCCCUCCCUCCCGCCCGCCUGCUGCCACCCACAGCUCAGCCUUCGCGAUGGGGCUGCCACCUGCCAGGACAUGUUGCGGAGGCGCUGGCUGGAUGCACCUGCGCUUUGGCCAGGACCGGUGCCUGCUGCAAGAUUUCUGCCCUGCCGCUGCGGCCGAUCCCACCCAGCCACACCCAGAGCCGUGCCUAAGACCGGCCCGCGCUGCUCCCCCGGGUCUGGGGGGAGGCCGGGAGGGGAGGCGUAGCUAUCCGUCUGGAGCAGACGCCAGGCACGCGCUCGGCAUCUCGCACACAGCGUCUCGCCCUCCCUCCCUCCCUCCCUCCGGCGCCGUGCUAAGAUACCGGACGUCCAAGCUGGGGACCAGGCUGACUCCCGUUCCCACAAACGCUGCCCUCCCUCUCCUCUGUCACCCGGCAGCUUGAGCAGCCACGGCUCAGCUCUAAGUCUUUCUCACCCCGCUUCGAGCAUGCUUCGGCCUGCUGGAUUCGCUGCCGAGGGGCGCGUGUUGGACCAAAUGGUGUUUGUCUUGUUUAGCCAAAGCCGUUUGUCUCCUGUGACCCAAAGCGACGUGACGCGGGUUGGCCUUCUGGCACCCAGGUCUCAGGACUGGGGUGGCAGCUCGGUGCCCAGGGGUUUCCAGGCUGGCCCGCGUUAGGGGAGAUGUGUACGCAGGACCGGCCACCCUACGCCUGACCCGGGCUCUGUAGCUUCCCCUGUACAUAGUGCCCGCGGGUGGUCCUGGGCAGGGCCGUCUCUUAGGGCUCUGGUGCCCUCCCUUGUCUGCCCCACAGCUGUGCCCAUGUCCAUGUUGGGAGGCAUGGAGAUCCCAGUGAGGGGCAAUCGGUUUAGCCCAGCGGUGACCCAGGGUCCUGGAUGCUCUGGGUUUCUCGCAGGGCUCAGGACCAUCUCCCGUGCUGCCUCUUGCUCCGGGACGUAGGGGGAUAGUGCCAGCUGCACCCACCACGCAGGGCUCAGAGCAGGUUGAGGAGCUGGACCUCCUGACUGCACAGAGCACACCUCAUACCCGCUCUGCCCGGCCGCAUGGGGUAGGAUGUUACCAGGCCAAACUCAGUAGUGUGCAGGGGCAGCCCUGCUCUUUCCCCUCCCCUAGAAGCCCUUUUCCCAGGUCGGCGUGCCCUCCCCGUCCCAGCGAGGCACGGGGCUGGGUGCAGCAGAAGCCCUGCAGGGAACAGCUCCGCACCCCAGGCAGCCAGAGGCGUGCAAGGGCUGGAGCAGGAAGGAGAGGAUCUCGGGGCUGCAGGUGUCUCAGAGCAGGUGUCUCAGAGGGCCCCGCCACGGGCACGAGUGACAGCACGCGCAGCCAGGCGAACCUCACAGAUGCAUCAUUGGAAACCCCUGCGCGGUCCUGGGGAGCCGUCUUUCCAAGCUAUCCCUUGCAUUGCUGCCUCCCCCGACCCUGCAGGACCAUGCACUCCCCUAAGCCAAAAAGGUGGGAAAGUAAGUCCUGGUGCUCCUCGGGCAUUGGGGAGGGAGAAGCUCCCGGGCCUCCUUUUCCCAGUGCAGGGAUUCCCUCCCCAUGGGCCCCCAGCAGAGCCAAGCAGCUGGGGAGCAGAGAGCAGCCCCGGUCCCUGCUGUGACCCCCUUUCCUUGCCCCUCCGCAAUGGACAGGGUUGUCCUGGCAGACCUCCAGCCCGGGGUGCUCCGGGUGUCCUGCCACAACCCUGUGGUCACCACCGAACGGGCACUUAUACUGCUGUCCCCAGCGUCGCGGGGGGACGAGUGCCUCACCACAAUGCUUGGGGAGGGCACUGCCCUGCAAGGAGACCUCGCUAACCCCUCGUGGGCAGGGGGCUCGAGGGAGAAAGGGUUUCGUGGGUGGCUUAGUGCCAGCAUCAGAAGCGACCACCACCCGCUCUUUCAGGGGUGACGGAUACACCCAAGAUACCGUUGGUUGCUGCAGGUCAUGAGUUCGUUAACUAAACACAUCCAGGGCUGCAGUCCAGAAGCUGCUCAGCUGGCAACCCAGGCCUCCAUACAGCCCCCACGCAGACUAAUGCCAGCGGGCAAGGGCAAGGGCAAGGGCCCUCCAGCGUCGUGUGCAGGAAGCGUUGGCUUCAUUCUGGGGCUCCCAGGCCCCCUGGGAAGGGGCCCGAGGCCAGGACCAGGGCCGCUUGGCUUGAUUUCCAGUCUUUUUUAGAAGUGAACCAUAUUAAAAAAUAAUAGGUUGAAAACCA